AUGACUGGUGCUGAUGGUCAAACACCUCUGACAUCAGUUUUUCAGAAACCAAAUGAAAAAAUUGUUCAACUACUGGUUGAAUAUGGGGUUGAUGUAAAUAUGAGCGAGAAGUUUGGACACACCCCUCUGACCGCUGCUUGUUUUGCAGGUAAUGAAAGAAUAGUUCAUCUUUUGAUAGAAAACAAUGCUGAUGUUGACAUGACUGAUGAAGAUGGAAAUAUACCUUUAACAGCUGCUUGUUAUGGAGGUAAUGAAAGAAUCGUUAAAAUUUUGUUAAAGAAUAAGGCUGGAGUUAUUAUGACUGAUGAAUAUGAAAAAACACCUCUGUUGAUUGCUUGUCAGGAACAAAAUAAAAAGAUAGUACAAUUACUGGUUGAACAUGGGGUUGGUGUUAAUACGGCAGGAAAGUAUAAAAACACCCCUCUAACUGCUGCUUGUUAUGCAGAUAACGAAAGAAUAGUUCAGAUUAUGGUAGAAAACAAAGCUGAUGUUAACAGAACUGAUGAAGAAGGAAAUACACCUCUGAUUAUUGCUUGUCAGAAACAAAAUGAAAAUAUACUACUUCUGGAAUAUGGGGUUGACUUACAAAAGGCAGGGAAGUAUGGAGACACCCCUCUGACAACUGCUUGUAAUGAAGGUAAUGAAAGAAUAGUACAGAUUUUGAUAGAGAAUAAAUCUGAGGUUAACAUGGCUGAUGGACAUGGACAGACUCCUCUGGCAAUUGCUGAUAAGAAACAAAAUGAAAAUAUCGUGCAAAUACUGGUAGAAUAUGGGAUUCGUGCAAACAAGGAAGGGCAGUCAGGAGACACCCUUCUAACAACUGCUUGUCAAGAAGGGUAUAUAAGAAUAGUUCAGAUUCUGAUAGAAAAAAGAGUUGAUGUUAACAAAACAGAUAAGCUAUUGGCGGACACCUCUGGUAGUUGCUUGUCAGGAAAACAAUGA